AUGGCAGAAGCUCAGAAGUUCAGCUGUUCAGUGUGUUUGGAUCUUCUGAAGGAUCCAGUGACCAUUCCCUGUGGACACAGUUACUGUAUGAGCUGUAUUACAAACUGCUGGGAUCAGAAUGAGAUGAGAAUCUACAGCUGCCCUCAAUGCAGACAAACCUUCACACCAAGACCUGUUUUAUUUAAAAAUGUGAUGAUUGCUGAAAUGGUGGAGGAACUGAAGAAGACAAAACUUCAGACUGCUGUUCCUGCUGACUCUUAUGCUGAAGCUGGAGAUGUGGAGUGUGACGCCUGUACUGAGAGAAAAUACAAAGCUAUCAAGUCCUGUCUGGAGUGUCUGAAGUCUUACUGUCAAAAUCAUCUUAAACAACAUGAACAUCUCUUCAAUGACAGGAGGCAUCAUUUGAUGAAUCCCACCAGACAACUUCAUGAGAUGAUCUGCUCAAAACAUAAUAAACAACUAGAAAUCUACUGUCGCACCGACCAACACUGCAUUUGUUAUCUGUGUACGAUGGACGAACAUAAAAACCAUGAUACUGUGACAGCUGUAGCAGAAAGAACUGAGAAACAGAGAGUUUUGGGAGAGCGACAGAUAAAAUUACAUCAGAUAAUUGAGGAGAGAGAGAAGGAGCUUCAGGAGCUGAGAGAGGCUGUGGACUCUCAUGCGCGCUCUGCACAGACAGCAGUGGAGGACAGUGAGAGGAUCUUUACUGAACUGAUCCGAUCCAUUGAGAGAAGACGAUCUGAGGUGACACAACUGAUCAGAGAUCAGGAAAAGACUGCAGUGAGUCGAGCUGAAGGAGUCAUGAAGCGUCUGGAGGAGGAGAUUGAUGAUCUGAGGAGGAGAGACGCUGAACUGAAGCAGUUUUCACAUACAGACAAUCACAUCCAUUUCCUACAGGUAACACAACUCUGAAAUACAACACAGUGAACAUUAGCCGGAUCUCUGGAAGACUUAAUUUCUUAUAUGAUUAUGAUGGUGGUUAUUUUAUAAGCUGAUAAAUGUGCUUAAUGUUAAAUGUUUAUGUUGUCUUUGCAUUUGUAAUCUUUUCUUCUUCAGGGUUUUCAGUCUCUGUCUGCAGCUCUUGAGUUUUCAGUCUCACACAGAUUUACUCUCAGCUCUCUUCUCUCUUUUGAUGAUGUGAGAAAAUCUCUCUCUCAACUGAAAGACAAACUGGAUGAUUUCUGUAGAGAGGAGAUAGAGAAGAUAUCUGGUGAAGUUACAUAUAUCUCAGUUAUUUCUAAUGAACUGAAGACCAGGGAGGAUUUCUUACAAUGUAAGAGACUUUAAAAACAUUUAUGAUUCAUCACUUUAAAUUAUUUAUAUCCACUGAUACAUAAAGUAUGACAAAAACAACAAAACAUUGAGUAUUUUCAAUGUUUACAGAAAUCUUUCAGUUCACAUGUGUUAAAGAGGUGAAUGAAUUGAGUAAAAUCAACAACUCAAAAUCAAAACAUUGAUCUUUCAAAAUUUUUUCCAACUUAUUACUGCUACCAGACACAGAAACUUCACAUUAUUUUUAUUUUUAUAUGUUUUUUUACAUAAAACUACAU